CUGCUCUUGCUGGCAGGCUCCACCAAGGCCAACGGCUGUGGGAAGAUGCAGCUGCCGCUGCUGGUUCCUUUUCUCCUCUGGAUCUCAGGCUGCUCCACUGCUCAGGAUGAAAUCACAGGUCCAGAGGAGGUGAGGGGUCAGGAGCAGGGCUCCUUGAUGGUGCAGUGUCGUUACUCCUCAUCCUGGAAGGAUUACACGAAGUACUGGUGCCGAGGAGCUGCUUGGAGAUCAUGUGAGAUUCUCAUUCGAACUGAUUCAGAGCAGUUGGUGAAGAAGAACCGUUUGUCCAUCAGAGACAACCAGACAGACCUCAUCAUCACAGUGACCAUGGAGGAUCUGAGGCUGAGCGAUGCCGGCGUUUACUGGUGUGCAAUUGAGAAGUCUGGAUUUGACCACAAGUUUAAAGUUGAUGUGAGCAUUGACCCAGCACCUCAAGCACCCAUUACAGUGCCAACCACGCUUUCCACCACCUCCACUGUCACCGUGUUCACAACAGAGACCGUCACUGUAGAAGAGACCAGCAUGUUCUCAACGCUGAGCAGCCACUACUCUGAUGACAGGCACAGCAGUGGUGAUGGUGGUCUUUUGGAUCUCACUGUGCUCCUCCCAGUCAUCUCUGCUGUGCUGUUGCUUCUCCUGCUGGUGGUCUUACUCUUUGCUUGGAGGAUGAUGAAGAGACAGAAGAAAGCUGCCGGGCCAUCUUCAGAUCAGGUACAGCAGUCCCUGGAGGGUGACAUGGAGGUUUGUUAUGCAAACCUGUCCCUGAAGCAGCCCAGAGCCUCCUAUGGGCCCUCCAAAUCCUCGGCUGGCAAGGCCCAUGACGAGGACGUGGAAUAUGUCACCAUGGCUCCCUUUCCCAGGGAGGAGAUUUCCUACGCAGCUCUGUCUUUGGCGGCCUUGGGUCAGGAGCCCACUUACUCCAACACUGACUGCCUCAACACCCACCUUCCCAGGAUGAGCCUGGAGGAGACCACAGAGUACAGCAGCAUCAGGAGGUCCUAGCCUGUGGCCAUGCCUUGAUCUUGGUCCCUGAAGACGGCCUGAGAACAUGUUUCUGCACACCUGCUUCCUUACCAGGCCUAGUGGGUGACUGGAGCUCUGUCCAUCCAGCCUUCCUGGCCUUCAGCUCUGCCUUGAGUUCUGAGUCCUGCCUCAGGGGCGCCUUUCACGUCCCCGCUUAGAGCCAGGGUGCCUUGGAAGGAACCACGGAGAGGCUGCUUCAGGGACACUGUGUAAAUCAUAACAAUGGUAAUAAUAAUACUAGCAAUCAACCCUUAUUUAUUGUUUAUCACAUGCCCCUCCCAAGACAUUUUCACCCCAAUGUCCAUAAUCUGUGAAUUGUAUUAUACAGUGAAAGACAGAUGCGAACGUGUUUACUCUGGUGUUUGAGAUGAGUCUGUUUUAUCCAAGUAGACUCAAAAUAAAAUCACAAGAGUCCUUCUAAGGAGGGAGGGAGGAACAAAGAGGCAGAGAGGGAGGGAGGGAGAGGGAGAGACAGGGAGAGAGAGAGAGAGAGAGAGAGAGA